GGGCGGAGCUCUGCGCAGCCAGAACCCACCGGGUCCUUCUGCAGAGCUCGGGGUCCGUCUGCCCCGCGCCGGAGGGGCGUCCCGGGUGCCCUGCGGUGCUGGGGCAUGUGGAGGGGCCGCCGACGGUAGCCGGGAUGCCGGAAGGGCCGUCUGUGAGGAAAUUUCAUUAUUUGGUCACCCCCUUUGUGGGCCAGCAAGUGGUCAAGACAGGGGGCAGCAGUAAGAAGCUACACCCUCCGGACCUCCAGUCUCUGUGGCUCCUGGACACCCAGGUCCAUGGAAAGAAAUUAUUCCUUAGGUUUGAUCCAGAUGAGGAAACAGAGACCCCUGACCACAACCCACUGCCAGAACCCCUAGGAGAAGGAUUGCAGAAGGAAGAUGCUUCAUGCCAAAAGCAGGCCAUAGGGCCCAAUGGGCUGAAAAUCUCUGAUGGAUCCUCAGAGCUUGUCGUUCCCAAGGCAGAUGAUGGUUUGGAGUAUUCCCAGGGAGAUGCCCCUGCAGGAGGUGCUGAGCGCUGGCUGGAAGUCCGCUUUGGCUUGUUUGGCAGCAUUUGGGUGAAUGAGUUCUCCAGAGCGAAGAAAGCCAACAAGAGGGGUGACUGGAGGGAUCCUGUUCCAAGGUUGGUCUUACACUUUGGUGGUGGAGGCUUCUUAGCAUUUUAUAAUUGUCAGAUGUCUUGGAGUUCUUCCCCAGUGGUCAGACCCACCUCUGACAUCUUGUCUGAAAAGUUUCAUCGAGGACAAGCCUUGGAAGCUCUAGGCCAAGCUCAGCCUGUCUGCUAUACACUGUUGGACCAGAGAUACUUCUCAGGGUUAGGGAACAUCAUUAAGAAUGAAGCCUUGUACAGAGCUGGGGUCCAUCCCCUUUCUCUUGGCUCCCACCUGAGUCCGUCACGUCUGGAGGCCCUUGUGGAUCACGUGGUGGAGUUCAGUACCAACUGGCUGCAGGACAAACUCCAGGGUGAACAACAGCACACGCAGGUCUACCAGAAAGAACAGUGCCCUUCUGGGCACCAGGUCAUGAAGGAAGCAUUCGGACCCCCAGGUGGGUUCCAGAGGCUCACCUGGUGGUGCCCUCAGUGCCAGCCCCGGGUGCCACCUGAGGAGCCUGAGCAGCUCUAGCUCUUCUAAGGAACUCGGGAACCUUCUCUACAGAACCUGGCACUUUGGAAACAGUGAUUCUUAAGUGUCCAGAAAGGAGAGUAUGGCAGGGAUGGGGUCUGGGCACAGAGGGGCUGGGGAGAUGUCAGUAUUGUUGAUGUUCAUCACACUGGAGUGAUGUCUAAGGCAGUUUUCAUAGAGUUAGAUUUUUGCCCUUUUCUGGUGAAUUCUCUUUUUUUAUUCUACUAUUGUGAAUGAUGAGAAAAAUCAUGACAAUGGAUAAGAGGAGAACCUCCUGGAACGAUAGUGGAGCAGUGCAUACAGAUGCCUGUGGGAAAUAGCCACGCUUCCAACAUUGCUUUGUAGGUGUUACGUUUUGUUUUGAUUUUGUUUUUUAAAUAUUUAUUUUUAAGGGCUUACAUUCUUUGUUCUCCUGGACAGACCCAGGGAGGAGGAUAGAGUAGCUUGAGGAGUACUGUGUUUCAGCCACCUGUCAUUCUCAUGGGAUGAGGCAUCAGUGGUGACAGGACCUGGCUGCCUUCCCAGUAUGCUCGGUGGCCUUUAGAGAAGAGCUACAUGUUUACCCUUAAGUUGAUAUAUUUGUAACUAUGAUAGGCUGAACAAUUCAGUCCAUUGGGUGGUUGGCCUUAGUCAGAUGAAACUAGAACAGUGACAUGAAAAUGAAGCUCUUUAUUAUUUUAUGUUGUCAUUUUUAUUUGGCAAUAAAGGGUCUUAAAUUGUAAAUAAG